GACGGCGGGGAGAGCGGGGAGGGGACGGCGAGGAGAGCGGGGAGGAGGUGAGCGGAGCGGCGGAUCGCUUCGAAGCGGAGGAAGAAGGGAUCGGUGGAGUCGAAGGCAGAGGGGUUGAAGUCGGCGAGGCGGAAGUCGAGGGGGCGGAGGCGGGGGAAGGCGGCGACGUGGCGGGACUCGGCGGAGGAGAUGGUGGGUUGGCAGCCCGGUCGGAGAGGGCGAUUGUGAGGCCGCAGAAGGGGGCGAGGCGGCAUCGGUGCCUCGUUUGUGAUCUUCUCUCUCCACAUCCCCGUCGGUGACCUCGGCGUCCGCAAGGGCUCGGGAUCAUGAUCUUAUCUCUCCCCCGCCGGAUGUGCAUCCCCGUCGGUGACCUCGGCAUCCGCAAGGGCUGGGGAAGGAUUCGAAAGAAAAAAAAAAUAGCGGCGCGCUGGGAGUCAUGUGGACUCUCCUUAAAUAUUUUAUAGAGAGAAAAAGCUUCCAUCAUAACAUUGGGUGUGACCUGGAAAAAAUGGGUGGAGCGUCUGAUGGCAUAGAAUCAAGGAAGAUGGUAUUUGUGACCGUGGGAACCACAUGCUUUGAUGCUCUCAUCAAGGCAGUAGACUCUCAGCAUGUCAAAGAAGAGUUGUCGAGAAAGGGAUACACUGAUCUCCUCAUUCAAAUGGGCCGUGGAACAUAUGUACCCUCCAAGUUUUCAGGAGAAGACGGAUCUCUUGCUGUGGAUUAUUUCACUUUCUCACCAAGCAUUGCUGACUACCUUAGAUCAGCAUCUCUUAUCAUCAGCCAUGCAGGGUCCGGGAGCAUAUUUGAGACACUGCGGUUGGGUAAGCCUCUAAUUGUGGUUGUCAAUGAGGACUUGAUGGACAACCACCAAAUCGAACUUGCAGAGGAACUAGCAGAUAGGAAGCACCUGUUCUGUGCCCGCCCGCAGACGCUCCAUCAGACCAUCGAAGUCAUGGAUCUAAAGUCCCUUAUUCCUUACCCACCAGGAGAUGCUGUGCCAGUUGCUAAGCUAAUCGACAAUUUUCUUGGAUUCCCAGCUGAUUGAAUUGUCUAUCAAAUUGGGAUUGUUAGUCUUGUGGGCAGUCAAAUUUUGAACCCUACUACAUGUAAUCCAUCCAAAAAGCUUCUUGGUCACUCUCAAGAAUUGGGAAAGAUAUAAUAUUUCAUAGAGGGCCAAAUUAUCGA